GCGACAGAUGGUGCCUGAAAGAACUGAUGGUGGAGGGCCGCCCUGUGUCACGCGCCGUAGUGGUGGCCUGGAUCAAGGUGGUGUACGAUCUCUCGCCAGCCUCGUACGAAAGUGACAACGGCGACAGUGACGAUAGCGAGAGCGACGAAGACGGCGAAGGCGCAGAGGCGGACGCCCUCAGCCUGCUGCUUUUCGCAGACGCGGUCGGCUCCAGCAGCCGCGUCAUGCGCGGGUGCUACGACAGCUGCAGCGGGCAGUUUGACAGCAUACACGUGGACCUGGACGGGGAGUGUGUGGAGCUGCAGCUUGACGGGCGGGGAUACGCGACAGAUAGCAACAACCUCGUGGAAGCAACAAUGACAGGCGAGCGUGAAAUCCCUCUCUCAGCCUCUGCGGCGGCAGCGGUGCACGAGCUGGGGCCCAAGGCGGCCGCGCAGCUGGAGCCCAUGCUGCACCUGGCCUACCGCCUUGGGCUUGAGGAGCUGCAGGAGAAGCUGCACGCCGUCAUCUUUGGGAACGCUGUGUUCAGCGAUUCGAUCUUCUCGGAGGACACUGUCCCCUCCAUCCUCACCGACCGCGUGAUGGCGGCAGUGCCCAAGGCGGGGCUGCGUGACGCUUGGUGGGACCACAUUACCAGGAAGGCGUGCCUUAAAUCCCGUCACAGCGCGCUGUUCGGGAAAGCAGAGGACAGCGCGCCGAUCCCCACUGAGCUCGUGCUAGGACAGCCGCUUCUGGGGACACCAGCAGGCACCAAGCUGCGGGUCAAGAUAGACCUCCAGGACGGCACAAUUGUUAGGGAGGCCGACAAAGAAUUAUGCCUCAAUUGCAGCCUCGUGGUUGGAAACGUGUAG